AUUUACUGACUUCCCUUCAGUAGUCUAGACAUUUCUUCUACUGCUCAUUCUACUCCAUUUUUGUCGCGUUUAUCCACUUUCUUGACCUGAUCAAGUAUUUAUCCCUAAUUGUUUUAACAGUACUUACAUUUUUUUUCUCUGAAAGAUCAUGAUCUCUAUUUCUUAUAGUAUUGAAUGAAAGAUAUAAUUACGCCAACCUAGAUCUCGUCACAGCCUAACUCAAUCUUUUUGUGGAGACCAGUAUUUAUUGCGCUUGAAAUAAAUUCAGUCAUAAGUAAUGUAACCUUUUGUUUAACCUAAGUCCAAACGCAACUCCUUAUUGCAUCCUGAUUCCUGGCCAAUAAGAUUGCUUUGAACAUUAAACAAAUUAGGUCUGCUCUGCAUGGUUCUAUGUACUGGAGCAGGUUGCUAUCUUCGUGCGUGCAGGUGUUGCAGUCUUGCAGAUUAAGUUUUAGGUUUAAUGAGAAGAAAGCAACACAUGCAUACUGCGCCAAGUUGAAGGCUACAAAAACUUAUAGAAGAGUAGCUUCAACGCAGAAGAAACCUGAACUCUUCAAAUCCCAUGGCGGUGCUCAAAUCUCUUGUUGCUUGCAAAGGCUUGGCGCUGUGCGCUCCAGCGAUUGCUCAGCGUCACCGGAACACGCCGUUAUCUGCAUCGGCUCAUCGCCGGCAAAUCCUGAUCACCGGCUUAACGAUGAACUCCUCGGGCAUCAAUAGUGCUUUGCCGGUCAGAGGAGCUGCACAAAUCCCUGCAGUUGGUUCUGGUCCUCCAGCACCGUCAGGAGGAAAUCUCCCAGUACCCAGCAUGCCUUCAUGGGCCAAAUGGGUAGUUGGGGCCAUCAUUGUUGCUAUACCCAUCUACAGAAAGAUAAGAGCAUUGGAAGACACCGUGGAGAAGACAGCGGAGGUAGCAAUCGAGGUGGUCGACACGGUGGCGGAGGCGACUGAGAAGGUCGCCGGCGAGCUGGCCGACGCUUUUCCCGGCAACGAAAAUCUCAAGGAGGUUGCCUCCAAGAUUAAGACCGUAGCCGAUGUGAUAGAGGAUGAUGCCGAGAAAGCCGAGGCCCUAAUCCAGAAGGUUGAUGAGAUAAAGAAAGAGUUGGAUGCAAUAGUGGAUCCCAUCAUCGACAAGAUAGACAAGGAAGAGCUGUAGGGGAAGGACCCUUUUGGCAGGAGGGGGAAAGCAAACAGAAACUAAAUACACAUUUAGUAGCAAAGAAAACUGCUACUGUUACAACUCAGUUUUUUAGUUUGGUAGCACCACGACAACAGGCAAAAUGCGUGUUUGAUGCCAUUGCCUUCCCGAUUGAUUGAUGAUUGAUAUAAUAGACGCUUGCAGCGCAGGCGUGUGUUUGUACAGUUCCUGUUGGAGUGUUGUGUUGGCCACAGGAUGGUAGUAAUAAUAACUGCCAUCAGACUCCACUGAUCGACAAAAA